GCUUUGUGCCUGUGUCGCUCGCUCCCGCGGCUGCAGCUGUCUGUUCACACAAGGAUCUUUUCUCUUCACCCUGUUAUUCUUACCUAUUCUUUCUUUACGCUACCUCCCACCGAGUAACUCGGCUUAUCACCCUAUUUAACAGGACAUCAUUUUACAUACCCUUUUGCUAGGAUACUGCUUGUUUCUAUGCAAUACUGAUAACUGAUCUUCAUAUUUCCCUUUCACUCUCAUUGUUCAUUGUAUUCUUAUAUAGAUUCCAUCAGAACAAUAUUUUUUCCAUCAUAUAUGUAUCAGCUUAAUUUUUCAGAUCGUUUAUUUCUCAAACCAUUUUUCUCCAUAUUAUUGUUUUCUGGUUUUGUUAAACCUUCAGUGUGCUGUGUGCCUUUUUUUAACCUCCCCUCCUUCAGGCUGCAUUUUUCUUCAUGGUAUAUUUCUGUGUUUUAUCUUUUUUCUUUUUUUUUUCAUUCUGGGUUGAACUGUGUGGUUUUUGAGGGUUGUUGUCUUGCAACUUCUCAUUUUUCUAUUUCAUGGACUUGCAUAAAAUAACAUUUUUUUAACACUAUGUUUUUGGCUGAAUUUUGAUGAAUACAUCUCCACAUCUUUCAAGGAAACCACGCUUGGUUUAUUUGUUAAUAUUUUAUAAUGACUUCUUCCGGGUGGUUUAUUAAAUAUUCUUAAGACGUACAGAUUACUUCCGUUGUACAGCUUCAAAAUAUCUCUUAGCUUUCAUCAUGGUGUGUUCAUUUAUGAGCCCUUCUUGGUAAACUAGAAUACCACCAGCUAGUAUAUUUGGAUUCUUUAUGGAAAGCAGUACAGUCCUACAGACUGAAAAGCCGUCUCCAAUGCCUCCCAAGAUGGCUUCCGUACGGUUCACAGUGACCCCCACCAAGAUAGACGAUUUGGGGGGAAUCUCUGACACUAGUCCGGAUCUCAGCUCAUCCUCUCGUGUCAGAUUCAGCUCCCGUGAGAGUGUCAGGGAUGCCAGCCGCAGUGAGGUGUAUAGUGACAGUUCACUGGCAACUACUGCGGUGGAUCAGAUGAGUGAGAGGACCACCAAUCCAAUGGAAAGUGGGGAAGAUCCGAGCCAAACCUCAGUAACAGAGGAGAACAGCAAGCUGCUAGAUAUAGAUCGCAGAAAGAACUCAUCAAUGUAUCAGAACCACAGCGAAGAGGGAGAGGAGUCUUACGACAGGAACCUCGCUCUGUUUGAGGAAGAGAUGGACACUCGCCCAAAAGUUUCUUCUUUACUUAACCGUUUGGCCAAUUAUACGAACCUCCCUCAAGGAGCAAGAGAGCAUGAGGAGGAGAGUGAGGGCAAGAAAAAGCUCACAAAGGCCCCGCGGAUGGGUACAAUCAUGGGUGUGUACCUUCCCUGCCUACAAAAUAUUUUUGGAGUGAUCCUGUUCCUUCGACUUCCAUGGGUUGUGGGGACAGCUGGCAUCCUGCACUCCUUUUGCAUUGUGUUCGCCUGUUGCUGCUGUACGAUGCUCACUGCAAUUUCAAUGAGCGCAAUUGCGACAAAUGGGGUGGUACCAGCGGGUGGUUCAUACUUUAUGAUUUCCCGUGCUCUCGGACCAGAGUUUGGAGGAGCUGUUGGUCUAUGCUUCUACCUGGGAACAACCUUUGCCACCGCAAUGUAUAUCCUGGGAGCCAUUGAGAUAUUUUUGGUUUAUAUUGUCCCAGAUGCAACAAUAUUCAAGGGUCAAGGUGUAUUGGAAGAAUCUACAGCAAUGCUUAAUAAUAUGCGUGUGUAUGGCUCUGCAUUCCUGAUACUCAUGUCUUUAAUUGUGUUUGUGGGUGUACGAUAUGUGAACAAGCUGGCCUCACUGUUCCUGGCUUGUGUCAUCAUUUCCCUAUUGGCCAUCUACUCUGGAGUCUUGAAAUCUGCCUUUGCUCCGCCGGACUUUCCGGUUUGCUUGCUUGGAAACCGUACCCUCAAUGGGCUACAUUUUACCACCUGUGCCAAGAUAUUGGAGGGCAAUGUGACUUUGCCAUCUGAUCUUUGGGAUCUAUUUUGCCACCCCAAGGGACAUCUAAAUGCAAGCUGUGACGAGUACUUUGCCCAUAAUAAUGUUACAGUUAUCCAGGGAAUCCCAGGCUUGAGCAGCGGCAUUAUCACAGAGAACCUGUGGAGCAGUUAUCUCCAAAAAGGAGAAAUCAUAGAGAAGGCUUCCUUGCCAUCAACGGAUCACUUGGGCACUCUUUCUCAUGAGUAUGUUUUGGCAGACAUUACAACAUCCUUCACCCUUCUAGUUGGAAUCUUUUUCCCAUCAGUCACAGGAAUUAUGGCUGGAUCAAAUCGCUCUGGUGAUCUCAAGGACGCUCAGAAAUCAAUUCCAAUUGGCACUAUUCUUGCCAUCCUCACCACCUCUUUAGUCUACCUCAGUAACGUUAUCUUGUUUGGAGCCUGUAUAGAUGGAGUAGUGCUCAGGGACAAAUUUGGGGAUUCAGUGAAGGGUAACCUGGUAGUUGGAGCUCUGUCUUGGCCAUCUCCAUGGGUCAUUGUGAUCGGAUCUUUCUUCUCCACUUGUGGAGCUGGGCUGCAGAGUUUGACAGGAGCCCCCCGCUUGUUACAAGCUAUUGCAAAGGAUGGGAUCAUUCCUUUUCUGAGGGUAUUUGGACAUGGGAAGAGUAACGGAGAACCUACGUGGGCCUUGCUUCUGACCACUGUGAUUGCUGAACUUGGGAUCCUUAUUGCUUCUUUGGACCUUGUGGCCCCCAUCUUGUCUAUGUUUUUCUUAAUGUGCUACCUUUUUGUGAAUUUGGCUUGUGGAUUACAGACCCUCCUACGCUCUCCAAACUGGCGUCCUCGUUUUCACUAUUAUCAUUGGACCCUUUCUUUCCUGGGCAUGGCACUGUGUUUAGCUCUCAUGUUUAUCUCUUCCUGGUAUUAUGCUAUCAUCUCCAUGGUGAUUGCCGGCAUGAUCUACAAGUACAUUGAGUACCAUGGGGCAGAAAAGGAAUGGGGUGAUGGUAUUCGUGGUCUGUCCUUAAGCGCAGCACGUUUUGCUCUACUACGCCUGGAGGAAGGACCCCCACACACCAAAAAUUGGAGGCCCCAGCUUUUAGUUCUUGUGAAGCUCGAUUCAGACCUCCAUGUCUCACAGCCUCGCCUUCUUUCCUUUGCAUCUCAACUGAAGGCUGGGAAAGGUCUAACCAUUGUGGGGUCUGUGCUGCUUGGUGAUUACCUAGAGAGCUAUGCAGAGGGAAUGGCAGCGGAGCAAGCAUUAAAGCAUCUGAUGGAACAAGAGAGGGUAAAGGGCUUCUGCCAGGUUGUUGUGGCCCAAAAGCUUCGCGAGGGUCUCUCCCACCUUAUACAGUCUUGUGGUCUUGGGGGAAUGAGACACAAUACAGUGAUUAUGAGUUGGCCUAGUGGCUGGAGGCAGAGUGAUGACUCCCGGGCAUGGAAAACCUUUAUUACCACUGUUCGUGUAACGACAGCUGCCCGUCUUGCUUUGCUGGUAGCUAAAAAUGUGUCUUUGUUUCCUGGAUCCCGCGAGCCAUUAGCAGAGGGAUACAUCGAUGUGUGGUGGGUGGUACAUGAUGGCGGUAUGCUGAUGCUACUGCCUUUCCUGCUGAAACAACACAAGGUAUGGAAAAAAUGUAAGAUGCGGAUCUUCACUGUGGCUCAAAUGGAAGAUAACAGCAUCCAGAUGAAGAAGGACCUGGCCACUUUUCUUUAUCAUCUACGCAUUGUAGCUGAUGUGGAAGUAGUAGAGAUGCAUGAUAGCGACAUUUCUGCAUAUACUUAUGAACGUACACUCAUGAUGGAGCAGAGAUCCCAAAUGUUGAGGCAAAUGCGUCUCUCCAAGACUGAUAGGGAACGAGAGGUGAGAGGAAGUAAUGCUGUCCUUGAGUACCAGGCUCAGUUGGUGAAAGACCGAAACUCAAUGCUACGCCUGACCAGUGUUGGCUCUGAUGAAGAGGAAGAGACUGAAGCAGCUCCAGAAAGAGUGCACAUGACUUGGACCAAGGAUAAGCACCAGGCUGUGCGAGGAGCACAAAGCAAGCCGAUGCCUAGCUUUCAAGACCUUCUCAACAUGCGCCCGGACCAGUCCAAUGUACGCCGCAUGCAUACAGCAGUGAAGCUGAAUGAAGUCAUUGUCAACAAAUCUCAUGACGCCAAACUUGUGCUGCUGAACAUGCCAGGACCUCCCCGCAACCCACAGGGCGAUGAAAACUACAUGGAAUUUCUUGAGGUGUUAACAGAAGGACUUGAGCGUGUCCUGUUGGUCAGAGGAGGUGGUACAGAAGUGAUCACAAUUUAUUCCUAGCACUGAGCUCCCAUAUGCUGUCUCAUUUGUGAGGCACUACAUAGGCUCUCAUUUUGAAAAGGAAAUCUGCAACACUGGGCUGAGAGGAAAGAGGUUCCAGCUGAAAAUACCACCUAUCUAUGUCAUCAGAGAAGCCAGUGGAAGGCAAUCUUCACAGUCGAAGGGUCUAGCAUUCCUCAUCUUUUAGCCCAUAGAAUUGGAUCCGUUAUUACCUUUUCUGUUGCCAAAUGAGAUGUCAAUUACUUAGCGAUCUGAAUGUCCCACACAAUGUAUUGCCCAGUACUAACUAGGGCAUCAGAAGGGUAAACCGUGAUAAAAUCUUGCUCGAGCUGGACAAAGAUCACACAUAUCUCUAUGCAGUGUUUUUUCUUUUGGAUAUAUUCAAAUGUUGAUUUUGUUUUCCCUUUUACUUAAUCUCAUAUUUGGCAUAGAAUAUUACACUGAGAUGUUUUUGUCCGGACAGAAUGUUAUAGUUCACUACUUUUCACUUUGUACGGAUGUGACAAAGUAAAUUAGAAUGAAAUAUAUUUAAUUUGUUCAAUUAGACAGCAAAGCCUUAAAGACUUUUGCAGAAUAACUUUUUUUUUAAUCAUCUUUAUGACCCCAACAACCUUGUGGAUAUUGACUAGGAGUGUUUGGCCCUUUAAUUUUAAUAUUGGGUCAGGAGCACUCAUCCGAUACCUUCAGAAAGCAUGGACUUUGUAAUAAACAAUUGAGGGAUCGUAUUAGGUUUCAUUAUUAAUUGUUUUACUGCCAAAGGGGUGGAGAAGAAAAAACAACAACAUGUUUUUCAGACAUAUUGCACUUUUGUUUAAAAAGGACAAGCAAAGAAAAAAAAUUAUAUAAUUUAUUUUUAUUAUCAACCAUUAAAAGUGUUUAGUUUUUAUCCCAAAUUCAGUGUGUGGCUUAUGCCACUUCUUUGCGGGAUACAGGUUGUAGCCACGGCUGCAAGAAAGAUCAAACCUUUUGUGUUCCUAUUUUAUGGACCUCACUAAAUGUUACACGGGUUCUGUAUGUUCAUGUCUGCGUGCGUUUGUUUUUGAGAUAACUGUUCUAUACUAUGACAAGAACAAAAUAAAUAGUUUUAUAGCA